UAAAACUUAACAAUGGCAACAUUAAUUCGUUUUGUAACGUUGUCAGUAUUGUAGAACCAAAGCCGAUUGGCUGAAUAGACCGCUGACAAUUUCUUUUCCCAUCCGUAGCCGAUCGGUGUCGUGCUAUCAAAAUGGGUAAACCCCGUGGUAUACGCACAGCGCGUAAACACGUGAACCAUCGCCGUGAGCAGCGAUGGGCUGACAAGGAAUUCAAGAAAGCCCACAUGGGUACAAGGUGGAAGGCCAACCCCUUCGGUGGAGCUUCUCACGCCAAGGGCAUCGUCCUGGAGAAAGUAGGUGUAGAAGCCAAGCAGCCUAACUCUGCUAUCCGCAAGUGUGUGCGUGUGCAGCUGAUCAAGAACGGCAAGAAAGUGACAGCCUUCGUGCCCCGUGACGGUUGCCUCAACCACAUUGAAGAGAACGACGAAGUGCUAGUUGCAGGAUUCGGUCGUAAAGGUCACGCCGUCGGUGAUAUUCCUGGAGUCAGAUUCAAGGUCGUCAAAGUCGCCAACGUGUCCCUCCUAGCCCUGUACAAAGAAAAGAAGGAGCGGCCAAGAUCAUAAGCUUGACACUGUGAUAAGUGACCUGGUGUUGUUAUAAGUGUACUAAAAUGUAAAAUCAAGUACAUAAUAAAGCUUGUGUACGCCA